CUUUAUCAUCAGUCCUCACCAUGUCGAAAAGAGUUGCCAAGGUCAUAUCGACCGAACUGCUCGAAAAUAAAGAUGCGAAGUGGAUCAAUCUCGUGAAGAUUACAUACGAGGAUGAAGAGGGCCAAGUGCGGACGUGGGAAGCGAUAAGACGCCCCGGGCGUCCGAGCUCCAGCCCCGUUGACGCCGUGCAAAUGAUCGCCGUCAUUCACCACAAAGAAGGGCCAAGGGUCCUCCUGGAGAAACAGUUUCGCGCACCAGCAGGCCAAAUCGUGAUUGAAUUUCCGGCUGGGCUAGUCGAUCGAGAUGAGACGGUAGAACAAGCAGCGCUGCGUGAACUAAAGGAGGAAACAGGCUAUAUUGGUGAGGUAGUGCCUGAUCGUGGAGGUUCACGGCCAAUCCUCUUCAGCUCUCCCGCAUCCUCGAGCUCAAAGAGCUUUGUCAUCCACCUCAAGAUUGACCCAGAAAAGGAAGAGAAUCAGAAUCCUCAACCGCUGUUCGACGACGGUGAGUUUAUCGAGGCUUUCUGGGUACCAUUAAACGAUCUAUACGCCGAAUGUAGGAAGUUGGAGUCCCAGGGAUUCGCGAUCGAUGGUAAAGUCGGCGUUUUCGCCGAGGGUCUUGAGAUGUCCAAAAUUUGGUCAGUAUCAUAGACCUCCAGAGUUUACCAUCGUACGUUUCUGGAAUUAGGUAAUGCUACGAAGAUUGUACCUCGGGAAGUAGGGAUAGAUCUUGUCGAGAUUAAUUAUUUCAUGUCUCGAAAUGCUAAUAUGAGUAGUCGAAACUUAACGUUAGGUUCCUGCGUUAGCAUUGCCAAUUUGACAUACGUCCCCAGA